CAGUAACCCAAGAAUUAAGGGACUGUUUACAUAAUUUACCCGACUUUUAACUCGUCCCGAAAUAUCUUUACCCAAAUAAAAUCAUUUUUUUAUCGUAUCCGGCACGAAGACCUAGUGCACGCUGAAAAUUCAAAGCCCGGGCCCAACCGUCGUAGUCGCCGAUGAAUACGACAACGUAAUAAAGUCCCUUCUCACACACUCUAUCCACUGAGCUCCACUUACGUGUACGUACUUUCCUUCUUUUCCUCCCAGGGGGUUUGCAGUAAUUUCACCCAACACCCAAUCCCACUUGCAGAAAUAUCAGGCAACACGUGUCGCCUCGAGACUCGCCGAUGCCAAACCAACCACCGUCCGUCGCUGAAUUCUCUGAACAACAAACUCUACAAAUACCUUCCGUCCAUCUUUCCUCCUCUCACUGGCUCACACUCCACACAUUUCUGAUUUCCUCACUCUCUCUCCCGGCAACCAUGGAUAAACUCUCUCUCCUCGCCAUCACCACCGUCCUCCUCAUCUCCGCCGCCGCAGCCGCCGUGGAGGAUCCGAUCAUCCGGCAGGUCGUGUCCGGGAUCGAGGACCAGCUCUUGAACGCCGACCACCACUUCGCCAGCUUCAAGUCCAAGUUCGGCAAGUCGUACGCGACUCAGGAGGAGCAUGACUACCGAUUCACCGUCUUCAAGGCCAACCUCCGCCGCGCCAAGCGCCACCAGGCCAUGGAUCCCGACGCCGUCCACGGCGUCACCAAGUUCAUGGACCUCACCCCCAAGGAGUUCCGCCGACAGUACCUCGGCAUGAGGAAGUCGAAGAACAACAUGCUCCGCCUCCCGGCCGACGCCAACAAGGCUCCCAUCCUCCCUACCAGCGAUCUCCCCGACGACUUCGACUGGCGCGACCACGGCGCCGUUGGCAAGGUCAAGGACCAGGUAGGCGGUUGUGGAUCUUGCUGGGCGUUCAGCACCGCAGGAGCUCUUGAAGGAGCUCAUUUCCUCGCCACCGGAGAGCUUGUGAGCCUCAGCGAACAACAGCUCGUGGAUUGCGAUCACGAGUGCGAUCCGUCUGAGUACGGAGCUUGCGACGCCGGCUGCAAUGGCGGACUGAUGACCUCAGCCUACGAGUACACCCUCAAGGCCGGCGGGCUGGAGCGUGAGGAGGCCUAUCCCUACACCGGAACCGACGGAACCUGCAAAUUCGACAAGAGCAAGGUCGUGGCGUCGGUGUCGAACUUCAGCGUGAUAACCAGCGACGAGGAUCAGAUCGCUGCCAAUUUGGUCAAGCACGGCCCUCUCUCAAUCGGGAUCAACGCCAUCUUCAUGCAGACAUACGUUGGUGGAGUAUCCUGCCCUUACCUCUGCCCGAAGAGCCAGGACCACGGCGUGCUGCUGGUGGGAUACGGGGCAGCCGGAUUUGCGCCGAUCCGUCUGAAGAACAAGCCGUACUGGAUCAUCAAGAACUCAUGGGGGGAGAGCUGGGGAGAGGAAGGGUACUAUAAGAUCUGCAGGGGAACUGGGAAGAACCUCUGCGGGAUGGAUACCAUGGUCUCUUCUGUUGCUGCCAUUAGCGUAAUUCCUCAGUAGUUUUAUUAUGAAUGAAUCUGCUGAAGGUUGUGGACGCGGGUGUUCGAACUCGCUUCCUGCAUAAUUUAUGUAAGGCAAAAUGGAGCCCUGUGUGUAUAUAAGAAGAAAAGCUCUGUAGGCAUAAACUGCUGUCUUUAGGUAAUGGGUUUGUAAGGCAUAACAGCUUUGAUCAUAUGGAAUUUGAAUUCAGGUAAACGAUACUAUGUUAAUGCUUAAUGUUAGUUA